AUUAACUUCUCGAACUCACUACAAAAAUUGCUGUACUUGGUCAGAUGGAUGAGAUAUUUGAGCGCUUUAACAAAAUGUUUGAGGAUAUGGCUUUCUCUGGAUUUUUUAACCCAAGGAAUAAGCAUCUGUCUCCGCGGGAUGAGAUGUUGCGAAAACCAGAGGAUGAAUUCAGUGCUAUGCAGACUCCGGAACCCUGGCAUUUAUUCCCUUUUUAUGGUGACUUUGUGAAGCCAGAUAUGAUGGACAGGAGCCUUUACGAGAAGUCGUUGCCACAAAAUGAUGCACAACGCUUUGAAAAGAGAGAUAUUAUCAUCGAUGAUCAGGUAGCUGACUCUCCAAAUGUUGGUGGGUGGGGAUCUUCAAUACGGAGUUGGAGCAGUUCUUUUGUCAGCAGAAAAUAUUUUGGAGAUAACGGUCAGGUAACAGAAGUGCAGAAAAGGGUUGUCCGUGAACCUGACGGUACCGAAGUGCAUACUACAAUUGAGCGGUCAUCUGACGGCGAAAAGAAACAUGUGAUUUAUAAGAAGCCAGAUGGACAGCAAUUCAGUAUCACAAAUGAUGACGAACCGCAGUCAAUGAUAUCUAGUACGAAACAAUUCUCUACAGAAAAGGCACCUUCUGGAUGGUUUAGUGCAUUACGGCGUUGGUAUCAAGGAAAUUAA